GUUUAGUUGUGUUUCAUGCUUAAAUAGUAAAGAAGAGCAAAGAACGUGAGAGAGAGAAAAAAGGCUGAGAGCGUGGACGGAAUCCGCCAAACCUGACACGUGCUUCUGUUUUCACAGCGAGAAAGGAAUAAGUUGAGAAGCGCACCUUGCAACAUGGCGUCUAAUCCCAAUAUCACGCAUGCAAGUUUCCUGCAUCUUAUGGCAAACGUCUCUUCCUCCUCUUAAUCUUCCUGCCUGAAAAUCUGUUAACUAAUGUAGAUCUGCUGCAUGAACCUACAUAUUAGCCUUCUUUUCCUCUCUCACACUCUUCGCUCUUCUUUACCAAAGGAACAUAUUCCGAAAGUGAAAAGACCAUUGUACCUGACGCGGAGAAGCUUUUGUAUUCCGGUGAAAUACAGAUGGUAAAGAAGAGCAAAGAGUGUGACAGAAUAAAAAGAAGCAGGGAGUGUUUUACCUACACCUCUGUUCUGAUAAGUGAUGUAGAUCUGCUCCUUGAACCUACAGAUCAGCCUCCAAAGGAAAAAUACUCUGUUCAACUUGAGGGGAAAACCUAUCUUCCUGUUUUCGCGUCAGCCAAGGAGAAUGAGAGACAGGAUGAGGCUCCUGUCAUUCAGAUUUGGUGGAUUCCUGCCUUCUUUUUCUCUCUCUCAUCCUUCGCUGUUCUUCACCUGCUAAAACGUUUGUAUUCCACUGGUAUACAAAAGCCAUGCUUCAGUGCUUUGGUCUUCAUCCACUGAUAUACAAAAGCCCUGUUAUAGGGUUUGUACACUUUCGGUCUGUUAAUACUCUCACAUGUUUCCGGUAACAUCUAAGUUCCGUAACUGUUAAUAGAUUUAGUUUUCAGAAUAUCAUUUAUUAUAGAAAUCACAACUGAUCAUUCUCAAUGCGUUUGGUUUUAUAAGAUGUUCAGUUUGAUGUUUGGGCUGUAUGUGUUGACUGAUUCUAAUUAUGUUUUUGUUGUAUGAAGUUCAGAAAACUGUUAAGAAAUCUGGGGAUUAAAGUUGGAUAUGUUUAAAGGAACAAUAUUUACGUUUAAUCUGAAUCUUUUCCAUGUGUUUGAUU